GGAAUCACGUGACAUGUUCUUGUUUUGCGCAUCCCGUUCCCCGCACAGCCCGUGGACUGAACGACUCCUCUCAAUAUCGCCGUGAAAAUGGGGACACCUGAGAACCUGUCUGGCGGUACAGGUGGGCGAAGGGAGCCCCUCAGAUUUGACCAGGAUGCGUCCGCGACCGCCGUGGACAUGGACACGGCAAUUGUGCUUCUCGGAGCCGGCGUGACAGCUAUCACACACCCGCUGCUGUACGUCAAACUGCUCAUUCAGAUUGGACAUGAGCCCCUCACCCCAACUGUCGGAACCACCAUGUUUGGGAGGAAAGUGUUGUACCUACCUGGAUUCUUCUCCUAUGCACAGCACAUCGUAAGGGUUGAUGGAAAGAUGGGACUCUUCCGAGGUCUAUCCCCUCGUAUAAUGUCCAGUGCCAUCUCCACCAUGGUCCGGAGUAAAGUCAAACAGGCCGUCCCAGCAGAGCAGGCGGAGCAUGUAUCGAACAGAGACGACUUGAAGACCUCCCUCAGGAAAGUGAUGAAAGAGACCUCACAUGAGAUGGUCAUCCAGUGCCUGUCCAGAAUAGCCACUCAUCCCUUCCAUGUGAUCUCCGUGCGAUGCAUGGCUCAGUUUGUGGGGAGAGAAGUCAAGUACAGGGGGCUGUUCAGCAGCAUCACCAAAAUCUUCAACGAUGAGGGCAUUGGGGGAUUCUUUGUGGGGGUUGUGCCCCAUAUCCUGGGUGAGGUCAUCUUUCUGUGGUGUUGUAACCUCCUGGCCCACUUCAUCAACACCUACGCCGUGGACGACAAUGUAAGCACGUUCAGCCAAGCCCCAGCAGUGAGAAGCUACACCAAGUUUGUGAUGGGGAUUGCAGUGAGUGUGUUGACGUACCCAUUUAUGCUGGUGGCAGACCUAAUGGCAGUUAACAACUGUGGGUUGGUGGCUGGUCUUCCCCCUAACUCUCCCAUCUUUAAGUCCUGGGUCCACUGUUGGGCUCAUCUGAGCCACGAGGGCCAUCUCUUCCGAGGAUCCAGCUUCUUUUAUCGCCGUGUGCCUGUGACAGGGAUGGCUUUGACUGAGGAGUGAUAAAAUCAACCGCCGCACAACCUGUGCCACUGUUCUCCUUCCUAACCGGUACCUCAGUGAGACCAAUGUACAACCACCCCCUCACCUUAAACCUCCCAUUGGAUAAAGCCGGAGCAGCAUGUUAUCAAUGGGCUAGGUGUUUUACUGAAGUAAAGUUACUUACAAGUUAAGAGUUUUGUUAAUCUUGUUUUUAAUCUAAAUAAUAAUGUAGCCACUCAAAAGCAAGAGGUCGGAGGAGUGAGACUUAAUGUGAACAAAUCAAAAUUAUAUCCAAUAUAUUUUGUCUUGGUUGAAUGCUGAGGGUAUAAUCUCCUUUUACUAUACCAGCAAAGUUGCACUAUUUUUUUAUUUAUUUGAAUCUAUGACUUAAUUUUGCCAUAUUUAUAGGCCACAGUUUAAUUAAGUUCUAUGUAGGCUUUAAAAUUGGAUAGUUGAUUUCCAUCUAAUGAAAAAAUGCCAAAUGUUUAUUUUUCAAAGGGUCUCACCUAGUAGUAGCAUGAUAUAUGGUUGCAUUCGAAAGUGCUCAUUUGCCUCCUAUCAGAAGUGCUUUACCCAAUAAUUAUACCUAUUCACAAACACCAUAAGCCCACAAAAACUGGAGUGCUCUCUAGUGAUGCACCGAUAUUACUUUUUUGGCCGAUACCGAUAUCCAAUAUUUUCCUUGCCAAAAAAACCGAUACCGAUAUUUUAAGAAAUUAGCGGCCUUUUAAGCACUCUAGUACAGGUAAAUAGUUAACACACACACAUGGACGCGGCGGUCUAAGGCACUGCAUCUCAGUGAAAGAGGCGUCACUAUGGUCCCUGAUUCGAAUCUAGGCUGUAUCACAUCUGGCCGUGAUUGGGAGUCCCAUAGGGCGGCGCACAAUUGGCCCAGUGUCGCCCGGGCUGUCAUUGUAAAUAAGAAUUUGUUCUUAAUUGACUUGCCUAGUUAACU